CUCGUGCUGGUUCGACAUGGACAGGCGCAGCACAACCCGCGGGCAGAAGCAGCUCGAUCGCAGGGCUGUUCGCAUGAGGAAUUUAUCAAUCUCAUGAGGGCGGACGAUGCUUUUGAUGCUGAUCUGACAAGCAUCGGGAUCGAGCAAGCAGAGAAGACGCGAGAAGACUUCGCUCGGAUGAACAUGACGAUGGACUUGAUCGUCGCCUCUUCCUUGACACGAGCGAUCGACACAGCCAACAUUGUCUUCCCUCAGCAUCUUCACGCGCAGGCGGAGAGAUGUUCCCUUGAUGACUUGAGGGAGAUCUCAGGGCUGCUGCUCAACGCCAAGAGGAGAAGUAGACGAGAGCUUAUGGACAGAAAUCCGACAUGGAACUUUGAGCAGGUCAAGACCGAGGAGGAUGAGUUGUGGACCGAAGAGUUGGGUGAGCAACCUGUGGAGUCUUGUGUGGAGCGAGGAUACCAGGCGCUGCUGUGGUUGCUGCAGCGAGAAGAGAAGAAGAUAGCUGUGGUGGCGCAUGGAGGCAUCUUCUCGUUCCUCCUCAGCUCGCCCAGU